UGAGCAAACUAGACUGGAAUCUGUCUGUCGUCCCUGCUUACUUUACCUUAGUGUGGCGGCAUCUUCGAAGCGCAGCAAAGCAAAAAAUUCGUGUGCUUCCUUCGUUAUCUUCGUUCGCCUCCGUGUCUUUGAAACCUAUAAAAUUCUUCAUUUCUCUCUUCUUCAAACCCUAACCGGUAAAAAGUUCCGUUAUCGAUCGCCAUGUCGCAAUCUCUUCAAUUCUUCAGUCCUUCCUCCAACGUUACUCUCUUUAAUCCCAAACAGAAUCAGGCUCUCUUUACGACCUCCACACGCCGCUUCCACGUCACCACCACCACCACAACCGCUAAGCAACGGUUUGUUGCGAUUAGAGCUUCCGCUUCAUCGUCUUCAGAUCCGAAAGUUGUACUCACUACUCACAAUGGAACGCCCGAGGCUGAGCCACACGUGGCGGAAUCCCAACCGGUUUCUUCUGAUUCCUCGUCGAUCGAUGUGGAUGCUGUGACAGAAGCGGAAUUGAAGGAGAACGGUUUCAGGAGCACAAGGCGAACGAAACUGGUCUGCACGAUUGGGCCGGCCUCGUGCGGGUCUGAGCAGCUGGAGGCCUUGGCGGUUGGGGGGAUGAACGUGGCGAGAAUUAAUAUGUGCCACGGCACGCGCGAGUGGCACAGGCGAGUGAUCGCACGCGUUAGGAAGUUGAAUGAAGAGAAAGGUUAUGCGGUGGCGAUUAUGAUGGACACUGAAGGUAGUGAGAUUCACAUGGAUGAUCUUGGCGGCGCUCCUUCCGCUAAAGCCGAGGAUGGCGAGAUCUGGACUUUUAGUGUCAGAGCUUUUGAUGCAGCUCUCCCAGAACGCACUAUCAAUGUCAAUUAUGAUGGAUUUGCUGAGGAUGUGAGGGUUGGAGAUGAACUCCUUGUGGAUGGUGGAAUGGUGAGGUUUGAGGUAAUUGAGAAGAUCGGUCCAGAUGUCAAAUGUCGUUGCACUGAUCCAGGGCUGUUGCUACCACGAGCUAAUUUAACAUUUUGGAGGGAUGGGAGCCUUGUACGAGAGCGUAAUGCAAUGCUUCCCACAAUUUCAUCUAAGGAUUGGUUAGACAUUGAUUUUGGAAUUGCAGAGGGUGUUGACUUCAUUGCCAUUUCAUUUGUCAAGUCAGCUGAAGUGAUUAAUCAUCUUAAGAGCUAUAUCGCUGCACGAUCUCAUGAUAGUGAUAUCGCUGUAAUUGCAAAGAUUGAGAGCAUUGAUUCAUUGAACAACUUGGAAGAGAUUAUUCGGGCAUCUGAUGGAGCUAUGGUUGCAAGAGGAGAUAUGGGUGCCCAGAUACCACUGGAACAGGUUCCAUCGGCACAGCAAAGGAUUGUUCAAGUGUGCAGGCAGCUGAAUAAGCCAGUUAUUGUUGCCUCUCAGUUACUUGAAUCUAUGAUUGAGUACCCUACACCAACCAGAGCUGAAGUAGCUGAUGUUUCUGAAGCAGUUCGGCAGAGGGCAGAUGCUCUGAUGCUCUCUGGUGAGUCAGCUAUGGGCCAUUUCCCAGAUAAGGCAUUGACUGUUCUUAGAAGUGUCAGUCUAAGAAUUGAGAAGUGGUGGAGGGAAGAGAAACGGCAUGAAGCUAUGGAACUCCCAGAUAUUGGAUCCUCAUUUGCAGACAGUAUUUCACAAGAAAUUUGUAGUUCUGCUGCCAAGAUGGCCAAUAAUCUAGAGGUAGAUGCGCUUUUUGUGUACACAAAGACCGGCCGCAUGGCAUCUCUUUUGUCACGUUGCCGCCCCGACUGUCCGAUCUUCGCAUUUACUAUGACAACGUCUGUGCGAAGGCGCCUGAACCUACAAUGGGGUUUGAUACCAUUCCGCUUGAGCUUCUCUGAUGAUAUGGAAAGCAACCUAAAUAAAACUUUCUUUCUGCUCAAGGCCAGGGGUAUGAUCAAAUCAGGUGAUCUUGUUAUUGCUGUUUCAGACGUGUUGCAGUCAAUCCAAGUUAUGAAUGUUCCUUGAAUCUAACUUCCAUCAAGGUUGAAAGUGUUCUUCAAUGCUUUUCAUCUAGAUUAGACUAUAUAUUUGACUAUCAUAUGCAUCCUUUGCUCAAUAUCUUGGUUAUUGGUAGAGAGAAAUUAUUGCAAUAGAGAAUUUGCGGUGAGGUUGUGCAGCAGUCUAUUCUAUAUAAAUAUAAAUAUGGGCUUCUGGAUUUACUUCACAGUGACGAAAUUUAUAGCCUCUGUUUUUAUCUUGGUUAGGGUGAGAGUGACAUGUGCAUUAUGUACCACAUGAAAUCAGAGCCGUAAUUUCUUCCAUUUAUUUUAUUUCAUAUGUUGCGUAAUGUAAAAGCACUUGUAUUGUGAUAUUGUUAUGUUCACUUAAAAUAUAAACUAAUCUCGAUAGAGAAGUAUCAUCUACA